UCAAUAGGUUUGUUCCAGUACCAGGAGAAACUGGAAGUACUCCGGAGCAAAUAGGGAGAAAAUCGUUCCUGUACUAUCUUCUUCUCUUUUUUCUUAUUGUGGUGGCAAACCGGAGUGAAAAGGAGCAAGAAUUUUUUGGAGUAACUUCCAUGUACUGGAACAAACCUAAUGUUAUAAGCAUCAGUCAGUGGCAGGGAGGUAUACUAUGCUAUAGUAAGAUAGAUAACCAUAAUCUCAGCCCAUAACUCAUAGUCAACGAAGCAAAAUAUUUAAGGUGGGUCUGAAAAUAAGUUGCUAAUGUACUUUUCUGCUGAAAUCGGAUGGCUCGUGCUGCAAAGAAACUCCCGAAAUUAUGCAAUUCGUGCAGAUGAAAAUGAUACCAUCUAAUUUGACCAUUCCAACGUAUUGCGAACACUACAAACCGCUUAUGGUUGAAGAAAUAACACUGGUGCAGCAUCCCACUAUGAUGCACUAUGGCAAAUGUGCUGUAAUCGGCUAUCGCAAAGGGAACAGUACAUCGCUGGACUCUUUGAGGGUUCCUGGUUUACCCGAGGACCUUCAAUUGCCAGACGGAACGUGUCAGCUAGAAUUAAGCUUUGAUAACUACUACGGACCGUUACCUACCGAUUGUAGUGUUCGCCUGUACGGCAGCCUAAAAUUGCGGGGUCCAAUUGGUACUUCCAUGAAUUGUUCCAAGGAUUUGAUUUGUUUCCUACGACAGCUUCACACGGACUUAGAACGGCAAGGUACCACCGAUUCCGCUUCAGUCGAGCGUAGAUGGCAGGAAGAAUUUGAUGCCAUGGCCGAUAGCUAUCUUCCCGUACUGGAUAUCGAAGGGUGUGAAAGAGUGGCACAAGCAAAGGAACUUAUUGCCUGUGAUCUACGGUUGAGGCGAAUUAAUCUGCGUCUGGAACCAGCGAUACAAAAAAUACAAAUGGAAUUGUCUUAGUUUAAA